AAGACGCACGUUCCAGCUGAGCGCCUGAGCUCCAUCAUUUUAAUAUAUUUAAUUUAUAGCACAACACACUGCUCCCAGUCGCACAUCCCCUCAUCCCACCCGACCUCUACUUUCUUCUUGCUUACCACUGCGCAAGAAGCUAAUGGCGACUCGAGCUCUGCUGGCGCUGCGGGAGGCCUCCCCGUGGCAGGCCCUGGCCGGCGCGGCAGCGGCCGCAGUGCUGCUAUGGCUGGUGGCCUGGACGCUGGAGUGGGCCUGGUGGACACCGCGGCAGCUCGACCGGGCCCUCCGGGCGCAGGGCCUCAGGGGCACCAGGUACCGGCUCUUCACCGGCGACGUGAGGGAGAACGCCCGGCGCAACCGAGAGGCGCGGACGAAGCCGCUGCCGCUCGGCUGCCACGACAUCAUCCCCCGCGUGCAGCCCAUGUUCCACGACCUCGUAAAGGAGAACGGGAAAUUGUCUUUCUCUUGGUUUGGCCCUACGCCAAGGAUGAUGAUUCCUGACCCGGAGUUAGUGAGAGAGAUUUUGUCUAACAAGUUUGGCCACUUUGGCAAACCGAAGACAGCUCGUGUCUGGAAGUUGAUAUCCAACGGGCUUUUUAAUCAUGAAGGAGAGAAAUGGGCAAAGCACAGGAGGAUCCUCAAUCCUGCUUUUCACCAUGAGAAAAUAAAGAGGAUGUUGCCAGUAUUUUCUACCUGCUGUGUCGAAAUGGUUACAAGAUGGGAAAAUUUAAUGUCGCAUGAGGCGUCUUCUGAGAUUGAUGUCUGGCCUGAGUUCCAAAAUCUUACUGGAGAUGCCAUCUCAAGAACUGCGUUUGGUAGCAGCUAUCAGGAGGGUAGGAGAAUUUUCCAGCUGCAAGGAGAGCAAGCUGAACGCCUUAUACUACAGUCUUUCCAAACAAUGUUUAUCCCAGGCUAUUGGUUCUUGCCUACAAAAAAUAACAGAAGGAUGAGACAAAUUGAUCGGGAGAUCUGCAAACUUCUGCGCGGAAUAAUUGAGAAAAGAGAGAAAGCUAUUAAAAAUGGCGAGACUAAUAGCGAUGAUUUACUGGGCAUAUUGGUAGAGUCAAACAUGAGAGAAUCAAAUGGAAAAGUGAAUCUAGGAAUGUCUACAGAAGAUAUAAUUGAGGAAUGCAAGCUAUUUUACUUCGCAGAUAUGGAGACGACAUCACUCCUGCUAACUUGGACUAUAAUCGUGCUAAGCAUGCACCCAGAAUGGCAAGAGCUGGCAAGAGAAGAAGUGUUGAAUCACUUUGGAAGAGCUAGACCAGAUUUUGAUAGGUUGAGCCGCCUGAAGAUUGUAACAAUGAUCCUAUACGAGGUCCUUAGGUUGUACCCACCAGUAAUAUUCCUAAACAGAAGAACUUACAAGGAAAUGGAGCUUGGUGGCAUCAAAUACCCUGCUGGAGUCGACCUUCUGCUGCCCCUUCUGUUCAUUCACCAUGAUCCCACCAUCUGGGGAAAAGAUGCAAGCGAGUUCAACCCGGAGAGGUUUUUUGAGGGCAUCUCUAAUGCCACCAAGUCCCAGACCGCCUUCUUUCCAUUCGGAUGGGGACCCAGGAUCUGCAUCGGCCAAAACUUUGCAUUACUUGAAGCGAAAAUGGCGUUGUGCACCGUCCUCCAGUGUUUCUCCUUUGAGCUCUCGCCAUCGUACACCCACGUACCAUACACUGUGAUAACCCUGCACCCUGAGCACGGUGCUCAGGUCAAGCUGAAGAAGCUCUGAUCACUACUGGAAAACGGAUUUUCCCUGAGUGUGUGGUAUUUGCCUGUCAGUUUUUUAUGUACACACAGGGAAAUCAUAUAUUAUCCUGUCGGUUG